UAGACCCCAGGUUCAUCCAGAAGUUCCUUGGAUGUCAUCAGACUUCUGGCGGGUGGGGGAGGGUGCAUGUGGGAUUGGGAGUCAUGGAUCUAGUCUAUUUCUACUUGCUGUGCAAACUGCUUGGCGCACAGCGCUGAGUCUGACUUGGGAUCAGAUCCUGGCUGGACCACUUACUGCCUAUGGGAACUUGUUACUUAGGUGAGCCUCAGUUUUUUUUAGAUCUAGAAGGAAGAUAAUAUUUAUUUGGAGGGGUUGUAUGAUGACUAAAUAGUAUCUAUGUAAAGUACCUAAUUGAGGUCCAGCACCGGGUAGGCCAUUUAAUGGGUGGUAGUUAUUAUAAUUUGCAAAUAAUGGGUAGGGUGAUGAUCUGAGCACUAUAGUACCAUUGUAUUAACUAUGCCUAAAUCCAGAUAUAUGCAGGAGAAAGUCAGCUUAGAAUUCAAAGAACUGCUUUCCGUAGCCAUUUUUGUUUAAUGGGUGUCAAAUAAAUGCCUAGAGAUGUUUAUAAUGUGACUUAAUAAAGACUUCUGAGGGGUUUUCCAGUUCUCACUGUUAGGAUUUUUUCUUAUAAUAGUCCCCUACUUUCCUACUUGGCUAUGUCCUCCCAGCUCAGGAGAGCCCCUAGCCCUCCCCACCGGAGCUCUGAGCAGUACCCGGCCUGCCUGCCUGCCGGUGCUGUGGUAAAUACUCUGCUCACUUUUCCUUUGUUCUCUCCAGCCUGCCUCACUUGCCCAGAGGUCUUGUCCUCUGGGGAGAUAUGUUAAGUGCUCUGCCAGCCUGCCUGUGUGCCUGGCCUGUUUUUUCUCACUGCCAGUACCUCUUGGAUUCCAAUUCCAAACAUGGUAUCCAUCUGGGGUCACCCUUUCUUCCGGUGCCAAGAGAGACGCAUUCCAAAUGGAACACAAGUGUGCCUCCCGUGCUGGGCUCUCCUCAUUCUGACUAGGGACAACAGAGAGCAGGAUGUGGCCACUUUAUCCCUCACCGCUAAAGUUUUCGAUCCCAUAGUCCUAUCUUUACCUCGGGACAAUUUAGAUUUUUCUGCUAAGAGCCAAAUGUGAAGUCUGCUCUAAGAAACCUAGAGCCCAGGUCUUGCCAGAGCUCUGCAAAGAAGGCCAGAACCUUGCUGAAGGAAAACGAGAGGGAAAAAAAGUUUUAAAAUUCUCCAUGAAGUAUACUAUGUUCUGCCAUUUAUUCCCAAGCCUACUGGAAGCAUUCCUCUCAGGAAAGGCAGAGUUGGCGGUGAGAAGCCGGACCUGAGAAGACUCUGGGAGGACAGAUUAGUUCAUUUUUUGAAUUCCCUAUGUGGGGACAGUCUUCAAGCCCAGCAAGGCUUUGAGACGCCCUGAAGAUGAGUGCUAACGGCAGCACAAUGCGCCAGCUUCUCUGGCAGGACCCAGUGUGCAGUGGCUGGAAGCAGGAUAUGGAAGGGGCUGUCUACCACCUGGCCAACUGCUUCUUGCUCCUGGGCUUCAUGGGGGGCAGUGGGGUAUAUGGAUGCUUCUACCUCUUUGGCUUCCUGGGCACAGGCUAUGUGUGCUGCGUGAUGUGGGGCUGGUUUGAUGCCUGCGGCCUGGACAUCAUUCUCUGGAGCUUCCUGCUGGCAACGGCCUGCCUGUUCCAGCUGGCACACCUGGUCUACCGCCUGCGUAAAAACACCCUCCCCGAGGAGUUCGAUCUCCUCUACAAGACGCUGUGCCUACCCCUGCAGGUGCCUCUGCAGGUGUACAAGGAGAUUGUUCACUGCUGUGAGGAGCAGGUCUUCACUCUGGCCACUGAGCAGACUUACGCUGUGGAGGGUGAGACACCCAUCAACCGCUUGUCCCUGCUACUCUCUGGCCGGGUUCGUGUGAGCCAGGAUGGGCAAUUUCUGCACUACAUCUUUCCUUACCAGUUCAUGGACUCUCCUGAGUGGGAAUCACUGCAGCCCUCCGAGGAGGGGGUGUUCCAGGUCACUCUGACUGCUGAGACUGCAUGUAGCUACAUCUCCUGGCCACGGAAAAGUCUCCACCUUCUUUUGUCCAAAGAGCGAUACAUUUCCCGCCUCUUCUCAGCCCUGCUGGGCUAUGACAUCUCUGAGAAGCUCUACGCUCUCAACGAUAAGCUCUUUGCCAAGUUUGGGCUGCGUUUCGACAUCCGUCUCCCCAGCCUGUACCAUGUCCUGGGUCCUGCUGCUCCAGAUACAGGGCCAGAGUCUGAGAAGGAUGAUGAGGAAGUCCGUGAGUCAGCCAUGCCCACAUCUGCCCAGCAAACACCCCCUCGCUCUCCUCUUCCAGCUGCCAGUGGCCCUCCAGCACCUCCCUCCCAGGCCAGGAUGUCCAGGCCGGACAGCGGCGUCCUGGCUUCUAGAACUCCUCUCCACAGCUACUCUCAAGUUAUCUCCAGGGGACAGGCCCCCUUGGCUCCAACCCACACUCCUGAACUUUAAGGAUCAACAGGCUAUCUUUUUCUCUGGCCGCACUAAUCUUCACAGGAAGGUCACUUGAGUGCACACCGCGUCUCACCCCCUGGAAGGCUCACAGGCAAGGUCAGAGCAGACACAGAAGACAUCGCCCCGCUGCUAACACCAAGGGCUCCAGGCGACUUGUGCAAAUUUACCCUCACCAGCCUUCCUUCCAGGAAAAGGCACCCAAAAGUGUGAAAGCACCGAUCCCAUCCUUCACUAACUGCAGAAUCUUGGGCAAGUUACAUAGGCUCUCUGAGCCUCAUCUGUAAAGUGGGGAUUCACAAAACCCAUCUCCCAGGGUUGUGGUGAGCACUGAAUGAGCUGACUUAGGUAGAGCCCCUCGGACAUGGACAUGGCGUGACACCUAGUAAGCACUCCAUAAAUCACUCAGUUUUUUUCCCUUGUUGUUUUUCUGAACUGUUAAAAGGGUCACUGAAGUCAGCUAGCCAAGAAGUUUUCAUGGUCUACUUGUUUGUUUUUCCAGUUAGAUUCAAUUUAUAGAAGUAGAAAUUUUUAAAAACCUAGUUUUCCCUUAAGCUUUUAAGUUCAACUUACAAAUCUCUUGUUCUGUUUAGGACCCUAGUAUUAAACAAUAGUUUUCAGAGGGACUUUAAAAAACUUAGUUAAUUAAAUUUCCUUUCAUAGUUUUAAGUGGGUUUAUAAAUUUAAUGUAUUCUAUUUUACUUUUCCCCUAAAUACUUCAACAUAUAUUCUGGUUAUCUAUUGUCCUGUACAUUCAUACCUAAAACAGUGACUUUUUUUAAUGAAUAUAAUUUAUUGUCAAAUUGGCUUACAUACAACACCCAGUGCUCAUCCCAAGUGCCCUCCUCAAUGCCCAUCACCCAUUUUUCCCUCUCUCUCACCCGCCCCAUCCACCCUCAGUUUGUUCUCUGUAUUUAAGAGUCUCUUGUGGUGUGCCUCCCUCCCUCUCUGUUUGUAACUAUUUUUCCCCCUUCCCUUCCCCCAUGGUCUUCUGUUAAGUUUCUCAAGAUCCACACAUGAGUGAAAAUUCUAGCAUAUAGAAAUAUAAUUGAUGUUUUGUAUCUUUAACUUUAAUUCAGUGAUCUUGAUAAAUUCACUUAUCACUUCUAAUAAUUAAUUCAGGGAGUCUUCAGGAUUUUCCAUAGAUUCACAUAUAUCAUCCGUAAAUAAUGAUGGUUUUAUUUCUUCCUUCCUAACCUAUACCUUCCCCCUCACUCCUCCUCCUCUUUCUCCUCCUUAUUUUUCUUUUGAUUCCUUGUUUUUCUGGGUAGGACCUAUAGUACAGGGAUGAAUGGAAGGGAUAAUGAAGACAUCCUUCUCUCAUAUCUGACUUUAAGGAAAAUGUUUUCAGUAUUUCAUUAUUAAGUAUGAUGUGUGCUAUUAGAUUUUUAUAUUGCCCCUAUCAGAUUAAAGAAGUUCUUUUCCUAAUUUGCUGUUUUUUUUUAAUCAGGGAUGAGUAUUGAAUUUCAUUAAAUGAUUUUCUGCAUUUAUGGAGAUUAUUUUUCUCCCUUAUUCUGUUAAUGAAUUACAUCAAUAGAUAUGUGAAUAUUAAAACAACCAUGCAUUCUGGAGGAAAUCCAAUUUUAUUAUGUUGUAUUUUCCUCUUUGUCUAUAUCUGAACUUAGUUUGCAAAUAUAU